AUUACAAUGUUACAUUGUUCACAUAAUUAGAGUUCAUAAUGUUAUAAUGUUACAAUUUUACACUGUUCAGAUAAUUAGAGCUCAUACUGUUAUGAUAUUACCAUGUUACACUGUUCACAUAAUUAGAGUUCAUACUUUUUUAAUGUCACAAUGUUACACUGUUCAGAUAAUUAUAGCUCAUACUUUUGUGUGUGUAUUAAUGUGUGUGUGUGUAUGUGUGCGUGUGUGUGCGUGUGUGUCUGUGCGUGUGUGCGUGUGCGUGUGUCUGUCCGUGUGUGCGUGUGUGUGUGUGCGUAUGUGACAGAGAGAGAGGGGAAGUGAUGAUGUGAUAAUCACAGGAGUACCUGUCUGGUUCAUUUUCAGACCAUUUGCAGACUGUCAGAGGACUGAAGAAUAUUCUGAGAGUUUGUGGAGCGAUAAGUCAUGCAGAUGUCUGAUUCCAGGGUGUCCUCUGUCAUCCAGGAGUGGGUGAGCUCAUACCCGGGUCAGUCCCACACCCACACCCAGACCCUGAACCCUUCCACGUCCAACCUGGCUGGUUCGACCAAUCAGCUGGCUCCAAUGGACAUGAUCUCGUACAGCCAGUCUCAGGGACUGGUGAGGGGGGGCGGUGAGGACAGAGUGGCCGAGCAGAUGAUGGGGAUGCCGUACCUGCCGUACACAUCGUCCUGUCUCAGCAACACCUCGAGCGCGGGGAGCACAAACCACCACCAGAGCCACACCAACACUCAGCAGGACUUCUCUCCCUUCCUUCUGCCGACCCUGCGGGCCCCAGUGACCAAGAGGAGCAUCAGCAAGGACAGUGUGGAGUACCGCAUGCGACGCGAGAGGAACAACAUUGCAGUGAGAAAGAGCCGGGAUAAGGCCCGUAGAAGGAUCCUGCUGACCCAGCAGAGGGCCAUGCAGCUGCAGGAGGAAAACCAGAAGCUGCAGAUACGGAUAGGGCAGCUGACACAGGAGCUGGACACUCUAAAACACAUCCUGUCGCAGCGGCACCAGCAGGGAAACGAGGACGGAGCAGCAGGAGAGUCUGCUCUCUGAACACAGCCAAGAAGCACAUGUUUACCUGGUAUUCACAUCUAAUGAAGUGCAGGCAUCAGAUUCAUCUUUAAUAUGUCUAGUCAGACCCCCAAGACUCAAACCCAAAAGCCUCCUGGUUGAUUUCUCAAAUAGUCACCAACAAGGCAAACAUUUGUGAUAAUUUAGGAAAUAAAAAAGUUACUUAUAGAAAUCCAGAAAGGCUAAGUCAAGGGCAGCUGGACUUUAUUUAGAUUCUAGCAGAUGUUUCAUCCAGAAGGCUUUUUCAAGCUCUUCUCAGCCCUUCUGGAUAAACCAUGACCUGGAUGACUGAGAUCUUCAUAGAGAUACUAAUACGUCACUUAUAGAAGUAGAUUUGAGAAUCAUUCUGUUAAGAUGUAAUGACAGAUAGUAUAUGCAGGUUAAUUAUAGUUUCAUCUUGUAAAAUUGUAAAAAAAAAAAAAGAAAAAGGAAAGCAUAACACACUAGCAGGGCCAUAGCUACCACUGAGAGCACUGAGGUCUUGUCCUCUGUAUUUGUUGUACAACCAGGGGGAAGAUUAUAUCUAACAAAUUUCCACUAGCUGAGGCCCUCCCCCAUUAGUUACUGUUUCUAUGCCUGUCAGGUUUGCUAUUCUGGUAUUGAUUACUGUGACAGAUUUAACAUUUGUAUUUUGCAGUAAGUUUUGAAACAAUUCAACUUUACACUGAAAAAAAAAAAAUUCUAGCCAAUGACUGUGUAUUUUAUCAGCCUAAUGAUGACAUCCCACAAGCUGGGUGAAAACAGUCUCCGGUUGACGUUUCAAUGUUUCCAGUGAACUUGUUUAAAAAUAACCCUCAUGUUUCAGUCCUGAACAUUUCCCCACCAAAUAAUGUACCCUUGCCUUUGGAAACAAUGCUAGCUUACUAAUGUUGGUAAACUAGUUAGCUGGACAUGCUUACUUUUUACUUUGGAGCAUAUAAAGAGAGUUUAAUUCAUUCCUUGUACCAUAACUCUUUUGUAUUUGUUUUCUAAAGGUUGAACUCUUUAUACACAGAGUCUCACUCUCACUACGGCCUCAUGCACAUCGUUUCAACAUGUGGAGAAAGCAGAAGUUUGACAGAUCAGGUCAGAUUGGUUAUGAUCGCAAAGCUAAUGUCAGAGUUCAGAGAAUGUCAAUUAAAUUCCUGGUUUUACAGCACAGUUGAGAUCUUUAUGUUGAGAAAUAAAAUGAUCAGACAAACAGUUAACUGAGUAAAUAAAAUGUAAGAAAAUGAAAUCAAAAUUAUUUAAAGUCUGAAACUUUAUUUUUGGUAUUUUUCUGGGUGAGGGGGGACUUACUCAUGACCUCGGUGUUUCUGAAACUGUGGCUGCGGCCCUGCAUAAUGGAGCUUUGAAUAAAUGAAGUAAGCGCUUGAGCCUCUUUAUAAAAGACCUUGAAGUCAUUGAAUACUGUAGGAAAACGUGUGGUGGAUUUGAAUGUCGAUGCUCUUGAAUCAUUACAUAUUCAAAACUGUGAGCAUAGAGACCUGAGAGCACACAGAAAUCUUAGACAAGAGGUCAAAUCUGUAAACAAAUAAACCUGCAAGACUUGUAAAACAGCUGUGUUAGAUGGACAAAGGAUUUUAAGGAGAAUUUGAUGCAAUGUAGAUCUAAAAAUCCAAAAUAUUGGACAAAUAAGCCCAGAAACAAAAGUCCUGAAGUUCAAAUGCUACAUAUACUUCAAUUUAGAAAAUUCCAAAUGAACUUACUUAUGGUUUUUGAAGGCAGCAUCUUCACAUAUGUACUAUACAUAGACUAUAUAAUCAUCGACCUGAUACUCCAGUCAUUGUCAGAGAUGAUUGUAAGUGUUGUUGCCCAACAGUGUUACACAACAACCUGUGGUUUGUAGAGGAUUCAAUAAAAUCUAAGUGUCUCUCUCUGUAUACUCUUAUCUGUAUGGGAUUACUUGAAAAGAUUUUGACACAUUUUUACAUAUGUAACGAUAUAAUCUUUGACGUUGUCAAUGUGUUUUAUAUAAAUU